AUGGCUAAUAAAAUAAAUAAUGAAGAUUUUUGGCGUGAGUUUAUACAUUUAUACCGCAGUUUACCGGCUACUCAGAAAAUAAAAAGUGACAUGUACAAAGAUAGAGUUUUAAAACAAGAAUUUUACAUCAAAUUAACAGAAAAACUAAAGGAAAUUGAUCCAUCCGCUGAUAUUAAUACUACUAAAAAAAAACUUAACACUUUGAGAUCAAAUUAUCGUCGUGAGUUAAAGAAAGUGAUAGCGAGUAAAAAAUCAGGUAGAAGUACCGAUGAUAUCUACUUGCCGUCAGUUUGGUAUUUUGAAGAAUUGGAAUUUUUACGGGACCACGAGAUUCAAUUUAGUGGAACAUCGACGAUGGAUGAAGACAGUGAAGAAACAUUUUUGAAUACGACAACGGCGACGCAGCAAUCGCAAGACAUUGGAAAAUACCGUACGUAA